AUCGUCUCUGUGUCUCCCUUUCCUUCCUCUUUCUUUGAAUUGUUUUUGUUCAAAACCUGUGCACAUUCCGACAACAAGGUACAGGUAUGCCUAUUUUUCCGAGGUAUUUGUUUCUGCUGUCCUGGUUACGCGUUCUUCUAGCGGUUGAAUUAGAGUUAGAAGACACGGGCAACUUGAUUGACCUCAGUUACCCAGACGCAAUCGACUACAAGGAUCCCUGCAAAGCUGCUGCCUUUUUAGGAGACAUCGCCUUGGAUGAGGAGGACCUCCGCAUGUUUGAUGCGGUCCGGGUUCUGGAUGCUGCAAGGCACAGCCGGCAUGGCAAUGAGACACAGCCAGUGAACACGUCGUCCAUCGCUGAGAGCAGUGAGGGCGGCAUGGACGCAGGCAGACAGGGAGUGCGUCGUAGAAAGAGGGCGGCAACCUCUAGACCCGAGAGGGUGUGGCCAGAUGGUGUUAUCCCUUAUGUUAUUAGUGGCAAUUUCAGUGGCAGUCAGCGAGCCAUUUUUCGCCAGGCAAUGCGUCACUGGGAGAAGCACACCUGUGUAACCUUCAUCGACAGGACGACUGAGGAGAGCUACAUUGUCUUCACCUAUCGACCUUGUGGGUGUUGCUCCUAUGUGGGGAGAAGGGGCGGGGGUCCACAGGCUAUUUCCAUAGGCAAGAACUGUGACAAGUUUGGGAUAGUCGUGCAUGAAUUGGGCCACGUGAUUGGCUUCUGGCACGAACAUACACGGCCAGACAGAGAUGAACACGUGAGCAUUAUCAGAGACAACAUCCAGCCAGGACAAGAGUACAACUUCCUGAAAGUGGAGCCGGGAGAGGUUGACUCACUCAGCGAAGGAUAUGACUUUGACAGCAUCAUGCAUUAUGCAAGGAACACAUUCUCCAGAGGGAUUUUCCUAGACACCAUUUUGCCACGCUAUGAUGUGAACAGUGUCAGGCCACCCAUAGGGCAGAGAACCAGACUCAGCAAAGGAGACAUUGCCCAAGCUCGCAAACUCUACAAGUGUCCAAAAUGCGGUGAGAGCUUACAAGACAGUGUUGGAAACCUCUCCUCUCCUGGGUUUCCUAACGGCUAUGCAGCAUAUGCUCACUGUGUCUGGAGAAUAUCUGUAACACCUGGAGAGAAGAUCAUUCUGAAUUUCACCUCCAUGGAUCUCUACAGGAGUCACUUGUGCUGGUACGACCAUGUGGAGGUCCGAGACGGGUUCUGGAGAAAAGGCCCAUUGACAGGCCGGCUCUGUGGCGACCAGAUUCCUGAACCAAUCAUCUCAACUGACAGCCGUCUGUGGAUUGAAUUCAGGAGCAGCAGCAAUUGGGUGGGCAAGGGCUUCUCGGCGGUGUAUGAAGCCAUCUGUGGGGGAGAGGUAAAUCGCGACAAUGGCCAGAUUCAGUCUCCCAAUUAUCCCGACGACUACCGGCCCAGCAAAGUAUGCGUGUGGAAGAUCACGGUAGCACAGGAUUUCCAUGUUGGCCUCUCCUUCCAGUCUUUUGAGAUUGAGAAGCAUGACAACUGUGCCUAUGACUACCUGGAGGUCAGAGACGGACACGCUGAGGGAAGCCCCCUGCUCGGAAGAUUCUGUGGCUACGACAAACCAGACGACAUCAAAAGCAGCUCCAACCGGCUGUGGAUGAAGUUUGUGUCCGACGGCUCCGUCAAUAAGGCUGGGUUUGCUGCCAACUACUUCAAAGAGAUGGAUGAGUGCUCCAAGCCGGACAAUGGCAACUGCGAGCAGCGUUGCCUGAACACCUUGGGGAGUUACCGGUGCGCCUGUGACCCUGGUUACGAGCUGGCCUCCGACAGACGCGGCUGUGAGGCAGCUGCGUGUGGCGGCUUCAUCACCCAGCUCAACGGGUCCAUCAAUACCCCCGGCUGGCCCAAGGAGUACCCCCCCAACAAGAACUGUGUUUGGCAGCUGGUGGCCCCCAUCCAGUACCGCAUCACCCUGCUCUUUGAUGUCUUUGAGACGGAGGGCAAUGAUGUAUGCAAAUAUGAUUAUGUUGAGGUGCGAAGUGGGCUGACGGCUGAUUCUCGGCUUCAUGGAAAAUUCUGUGGCGCAGAGAAACCCGAGACCAUCACUUCCCAGUUCAACAACAUGCGCAUUGAAUUCAAGUCAGACAACACCGUGUCAAAGAAGGGCUUCAAAGCCCAGUUCUUCUUCGACAAGGACGAGUGUUCGAAAGAGAACGGAGGCUGCCAACAGGACUGUAUCAAUACCUUUGGAAGCUACAGCUGUCAGUGUCGCAGUGGCUUCGUUCUGCACGACAACAAGCACGACUGCAAAGAAGCUGGCUGUGACCAUCAGGUGAGCGCCGUCUCAGGUACAAUCACCAGCCCGAACUGGCCAGACAAAUACCCCAGCAAGAAGGCCUGCACCUGGGCUCUGUCCACCACCCCGGGUCAUCGCAUCAAGAUAGUCUUCGAUGAGAUGGACAUGGAGGCCCACCUUGAGUGUGCCUAUGACCACCUGGAGAUCUACGAUGGGCGGGACGGGCGCGCUCCCAGUUUAGGGCGCUUCUGCGGCGCCCAGAAGCCAUCCCCGGUCGUCUCCAGCGGCAACCGGUUGUUCCUCCGUUUCUUUUCGGACAACUCCGUGCAAAAGAGGGGCUUCGGGGCUUCGCACAGCGCGGAGUGCGGAGGAAGUCUUAAAGCUGAGGUCAAGACGAAGGACCUCUACUCCCACGCCCAGUUUGGGGAUAACAACUAUCCGGAAGGGGCACAAUGCCAGUGGGUGGUCUCUGCCGACAAAGGCUACGGGGUAGAACUCAUCUUCCAGACUUUUGAGAUCGAGGAGGAGGCCGACUGUGGCUAUGACUACUUGGAGCUCUUUGACGGUGCAGACGUAAAGGCUCCCAGGCUUGGACGCUACUGUGGAUCUGGGCCCCCAGAAGAGAUCUUCUCAGCUGGAGAUGCCAUUGUUAUAAAGUUUCAUUCCGACGACACCAUCAACAAGAAGGGCUUUCACGUUCGGUACACAAGCACAAAGUUUCAGGACACACUACACACAAGCAAGUGACCCCCUUGUUCCCUUGACGAAAGAGGACACAUUCAAUCCGGCCCACUCUCCAGUUCCCCCAGAGGGCAGUGGAGGCUUGGAAAGACCCCUACCAAUCCAGCGCCUUAAGAGAGAGAGAGGCUGGACAUGAUUUGCUCUAAAGGAUACGAGCACCACAUUGACACAAUGAAUCCAUCCAGGAUGAUAUGGGUGGUUAGAAUGGUGGCACAGUCUUACAGUACACGUAUUGGUUGUUUAAACUGUCUACUAUGGCGGCAUACAGGAAGUGGAGUUGAAUGGCAGGUGAGAAACCCAAUCCCCUGAUCAGCCAUUGUUAACCAAUGGCUUUGGGGCCGGGUGAUUCCCAAUGCCUUGCAUUUUUGAGAAAAGGUAUUUUCACGUUUGAUGAACUGAUAAAGGAGAGUGGAACGUAGUUAUAGGCCGAUAGAAAGGGAUUAGAGUCAAUAUGUAUGUUAAAAACCAUAGAAUAUAUUCACAGUAGACUUAAAUAUCAUUUUUUUUUUCAAGAUUAAAUUGAGAAAUAAAUAGUCGAUGGCUGUUGCUGGCUGUGGGUCACGUGCUGUAGGAAGGUGGGGAUGCUGUUUGGCUCCUUCCAUUACAGUAAGUGCUUUCAUCAAAAGCAAUCAAGACAUGCUGGUGAUGUUUCCAAGACAUCUUGCCAGACUCUAAAUGAAUAAAUAAUUCAUGAGGCUUCUCAGUGAACAAUAAUGAAAAUCCUGAUGUAUUGUGUUUGAUUGGUCGUGAUGAGUAGGGCAUGGAAAUGGACACAACCCCUCACAGUCCCUAAAUGACUCCAACGUUAUUUACGACUGAAACACCAUGGUGAUGCACAUAGUUUAUUUAGAAAUGGCUUGCUCAGUGUGAUAGAUGGUUAUACAGGAUAUCUCAAAUACAUGAUUAGGUAUACAAGAAAAGAGGAUUAUAAUGGACAAUGCAUUUAUUUCUGCAGUAGACCUUUGUAGUACACAAACUUACCUGACAGAUGUUUUGCAUGAUAAUAACAUGCAGGGUAACCCGCAGCACUUUCAGUGAAGGCGGCCGCCUAAGCAACCCAUGCCUGCCGCCUUAACUACGGAGUCGUCGUCGUCGUCCCUCCGGUCUGACUGCAAACUCCACCCAACCACCUUAACUGACACAUUUUCCUGCAGGAAACCCUGAUAUGUAUUAUUCUAUUCACGCCAAAACAAAGCAGUCCUGCAGUGCUGUCAUGAAGUAAAUUCAGGCUU